AUGGCUUUCUUAAUCGAAAAUGGGGAAAAUUGGUCCAGCACUGAGGAUCUCAUGCAACAUACCAAUUUUCCUUUUACUGAUCGGGUGAUGAGGUUUCCAAUGCCUAGUAGUUUUAAGGUUCCUCGGAUCAGUGAAUAUGACGGAAGUGGAGAUCUUUUCGACCACAUAGAAAGCUUCCGAGCUCACAUCAUCCUUCAUGAAACUCCUGACGAAAUCGCUUGCCGAGCCUUCCCGUUAACUCUAAGGGGAGUUGCCAAAGAAUGGUUUGGAAGUCUGAGUCCUAAAUCUGUUGAUAAUUUUGAUUAUCUUGGGCAGCAGUUCUUAGGACAAUUUCUUGUCGUUCGAAGAAGAAAGAAGAAUCCAGCAUACCUAUUAUCCCUAGUGCAAGGGAAGAACGAGUCCUUGAAGGAUUAUUUGUUGCAGUUCAAUCGGGAGAAGCUAGCGGUGGAGAGUACUGAUGAGCAAACCAUUCUCUCAGCAUUGAUGCACGGAAUACAGACUGAAGGGCCUCUGAUGGCCGAGUUGUCCAAAAGGCCAAAAACAAGAACUUUACGACAAUUCAACAGCAAGGCAGAGGAGUUCAUCAACCAGGAAGAGACUAUCUCAGCUUUGCUGAAAUCCAAAGCUGUUGAUCCAGGUAUGACGAAACCGAGGGUCUUUGUCGAGAAGAAAAAGAAGGAUCGCCAAAAUCCUACGAUGCUGGAAAGAAAGGUCGAUCUACCUCCUCGGUCAAAUCAGCAUCAACAAUAUGUGGGAUGGACACCCCUGAAUACAACUAUUUAUAAGGUGUUCAUGGAAGUUAAAAAGGUUCCGAGCUUCCGAUGGCCAGCUGAAGAAAAUGGCAAGGGGAAGAGAGCCCAGGAUGGUCAAGGUCAGUAUUCGGGACAGAAUAAUGAUCGAUCACGCAAUCAAAGGCAGAGUGGAGGAGAAUCAAGCUCGGCGAGGAAGGCUUAUGCCAAGCAGGCGAGAAUGGAAGAAAUCCUAGUGCUUGAAAAACCCUUCAAAAUCCAGAAACAAGAACCGAGUAUUCUAACAUUUUCGGAGGAAAAUGCGAAAGAAGUCUCAAUGCCAUAUGAUGAUGCAUUGGUGAUAACUCUAACGGUGGCUAACCAUGCCGUUCACCGAGUGUUGAUAGACAAUGGAAACUCGGCUGACAUUAUUUAUUGGACAGUUGUUCAACAAUUGGGCAGUAGCCAAGAAAAGUUGAAACCCUUCCUAUCACCAUUGAUAGGGUUUGCAGGUGAGCGUGUCCAACCCAUUGGGUUGAUUGCUCUUCUAGUCACAGCGGGGACCGCUCCCAGGCAAUCCACUAUCAUGGUAGAUUUUUUGGUCAUCGACCGACCAUCAGCUUAUAACAUGAUCAUCGGUCGUCCAGCUUUGAAUCAAUUGAGAGUGGUUACUUCUACCUAUCACUUGAAAGUGAAGUUCCCAACCAUUGAGGGAGUCGGCGAAGUUAAGGGAGACCAAGUUGUUGCCAGAAGGUGUUACCAUACGUCUUUGAAGAAAUGCCCAAAGUCAGCACUUUUAAUGAUCGACAACCUGGGUGAUGAGUGA